AUGUCAUGACUAUAGCCUACACAUUAUCUGGGCCUCAUAACAUCACAUUUUUAACCAACAGGUGCUGCCUACUUCGCUUUUAAAGGUUCAAAGGUGUUGGCAAGACUGACUUUUAGUCCUUAGAACUACAAGAGAUUCGGUUUUCAUGGUCUAGUCAUGUGCGCAUAGAAUGUGCGCAGCCAUCACAUCGUGACUUCACAGUAAAUAUGGCGGAUCCGGAAGGAGAGUCCCUAGAAUCCUGGCUAAACAAGGCCACCAACCCCUCCAACAGACAAGAGGACUGGGAGUAUAUUAUAGGAUUCUGCGAUCAAAUAAACAAGGAACUUGAAGGUCCACAGAUCUCAGUGAGGUUAUUAGCACACAAAAUACAGUCUCCUCAAGAAUGGGAGGCAGUACAAGCAUUGACCGUUUUAGAAGCUUGCAUGAAGAACUGUGGGAAAAGGUUUCAUAGUGAAGUUGGCAAAUUUAGGUUUCUAAAUGAGCUGAUCAAAGUGGUUUCACCAAAGUACUUAGGGGACAGAGUAUCAGAACAGGUGAAGACAAAAGUUAUUGAAAUGCUAUACAGUUGGACUGUUGCUUUACCAGAUGAGGCGAAGAUAAGUGAAGCCUACCAAAUGCUUAGGCGGCAAGGUAUUGUUACUGUAGAUCCUGAUGUUCCUGUGGACAAAACCUUGAUCCCCUCACCUCCAGCGAGGCCGAAGAAUCCAGUAUUUGAAAAUGAGGAGAAGAGCAAGCGAUUAGCAGAGCUCCUGAAGAGUAAGAAGGCCGAGGACUUGCAAGAGGCCAACCGGCUCAUUAAGAACAUGGUUAAGGAGGAUGAAGUCCGAAUGCUAAAAGCCUCUAAACUCACAAGUACGCUGGCAGAAGUUAAUAACAGUGUGAAACUUUUGAAUGAGAUGCUUAGUCAUUUCAAUCAAGAUGAGUCUUCUCAGGCAGACAAGGAGCUCAUCAAGGAGCUACAUGAUGAGUGUGACAAACUCAGGCGUGAUGUUUUUAAAAUGGCCACGGAAACGGAUGACAACGACAACAGUUUAGGUGACAUCCUGCAGGCUAGUGAUGAUCUCUCACGUGUCAUCAACUGUUACAAAGAAAUUGUGGAAGGGCAGAUGUUUAAUGGUGAUACCCCUGGAUCUUCAAUGUCUGAGCGAACAACUGAUGGCAGCAGUUCUGAGAUUCUGAUUGAUCUGGCUGGCUUGGAUCUUCAGAGUCCUCCACCUUUGGAGCAGACACCAGGCCUCUCUGAUGCCUUCCUUCCAGACCUGCUCAUGCCCUCCUCGGCCCCUUGCUCUCUUCCUCCGUCUUACAGCCAACUGUCUGGCCUACAGCAGUACUGCUCAGUUGGUGGAGGGCACGGUCCUAGCCCAGCAACUGUCCAGCCCUCCACCUCUCUCUCCUUAUUGGAUGAAGAACUUCUCUCCUUAGGCCUUAGCGAUUCAGUUAGCAGUCUCAACAUUCAAACUGAAGAAAAACCAAAGGACGAUGACUUGAACAAUCAUUGGACAGCUCCACAGAAUCAGACUUCAUUGCUGGACCUCUUGGGAAGUUCACCUCCUUCAGACCCUGUGCUCCCUGUGAACUCCUCAGACUCUACCUCGUUCUCUUACCCAGAAGACCCAGCGGCAGCUCCCUUUCCUUUCCCCAGCGCGGCCCAGUCGGUGUCUGUCUCCCUGAACCAAGGCCUACAGGAUCUUGCCAUGCUUGACCUGGGAAACCCUGACAGUUUGUGUGUCCUGGCCACCUCUGGCUCCCACUUUGGGAUGGGAGAGGCUGCAGCCCCUCUGGUUUCCUCCUUCUCCGCUCCGAUGCCCACACCUGCCCUCUGCUCUAUGCCCGCCUCUCUUGCCACCUCCUUCGUUAAGAGCCAGGAAGUGGGUGGGACUCCAGGAAGCCCCCAUUUCCGGUCCUUGUCCCCCAUCCUCGCCAUGAGCCAGGAGAGUCCUGCCAGGGGCGACGCCAUCUCCCUGACUAACGUCUUUGUCCCUUUGGACUCCAUCAAACCCAGUAAAGCGUGCCCAGCGACGGCCUAUGAUAAGGACGGUGUGCGUGUUCUCCUGCACUUUGCCACUGAGUGCCCCCCGGGUCGGCCUGAUGUGCUGGUCAUUGUGGUGUCCAUGUUGAACACGGCGCCCCUGCCAGUGGGUAGUGUGGUCCUGCAGGCUGCUGUGCCUAAGUCAAUGAAGGUCAAACUCCAGCCGCCCUCGGGCACGGAGCUGCCGCCCUUUAACCCCAUCGUACCCCCUGGAGCCAUCACUCAAGUCAUGUUGCUGGCCAACCCCCUGAAGGAGAAAGUAAGGAUGCGCUACAAGCUGACGUUUACCUUGGGGGAACAGCCACACACCGAGGGUGGAGAGGUGGACCAGUUCCCGCCUGCAGAGAAGUGGGGUAGUCUAUAGCCAACACCUCCUCCCAGACCCAACAGCACAGUGUAACACUCACAUCUGAUGAUAAGAGACGGAGCCCCUCCUGUCACGUGAUUACUAGGGGAAACCCUGUGUGUUUAUGAAUGUCUCGUGGUUUUAGACCAUAAAGUGCUAUUAGCAACAAACAUGUCAUCACAAAAUGGUUGUCCUGAUGUGGCAUAAUGUUCAGGUUCAUCUACUUUGUUAGUCCGUGUCAACAUGUUGUGUCAUACUUGCCUGGCUUAUGUAGAGAUACAGGACAUCCUCGCUUAAAACAGAUACCCAUUUCUCCACAGUGCCACUUUGUGUGAAAGUACUUUUGGUCAAGAGCUUGGCUUGGUCAAGAGGACUAAGAGUGCCAUUAGAUCAUGUGUCGGGCAACCUUGUGGUACUUGAGCUGUUAAGCCAGGCAGCACUUACACACCAUUGAGGUUGGUGGCUGGGGACAAUUUUGCUGUGUGUAAUGAACAAGACUGGGCCUCUACCUACCAUGUACAUCUUUUAGUACCUCAUGUUUUGGAUGAUCCCCUGUCCUGUCUGCUCAUCAAGGACAACCUGGAAGGUCAACAAGCUAUACGUUUUUUGAUAUUUCUAGCCAGUGUUUUAUUUAUUUGAAUUGUUUAGUUGCUGUCAAAUGUUAAUAUGGCUAUUCAUUACCUUUUAUGUACUUUCAUAUUUAUUUUGGCAUCUUUGUUAAUGUCAUUGCAGUGUUGGAUAUAUUUAAAUGCAUUGUUUACCUUGUACUGUGAUGAUGUUCUAUUCAUAGGUGGGUAACACAGUGUAGCCUUAUCAUAAAGAAAGAGAAGCCUGUUUUCUGUUACUGAUAAUACUAAUACAACAGUGAACUAAUUGCUUAGGGUUAUGCGUGUUCAUUGUAAUGGUUUACUAUACUCCCUCUUCGUUUUCAACAAAAGGAUCAUUUGGACCAUCAUUAACAUCGUGGUGUGUGUGUGUGUGUAUUGAAAACAUCCUCUACAUUUUCUAACAUCUAAAUCUGUUCAUUUUAGUUGUCCCCCAUUUUGGCGUCAGCAACAUCUGAUUUAGUAUUACUGACGUGGUCACGUUCUUUUUCAGGAAUUGGACUGUCAUUGUGUUCCGUGUGCAACUUCUAGAGUGUAGAAUUAUGUUUUGGUUAACAAGCACACUUACCUGCGCAACCCUUAGGUAGCCAUAUUUGGCAGAUAAUAAGCUGCUGUAAAAGGCACACACAUCUAUACUAUGCUGUAGUCUGUAAGCUUGCAAUUUAUUUAUUGUAUGCUUACAGAUGUUUUUAUGUUCCAGGCACUUUUUCUCUCCUUACAGAAGCCCCAAUUGGCAUGUUUUUAUGAUUUCCUUCUAUGACAUACUACUGUUUAUUUCAACGCAUUAUCAAAUAAAUAUGCUUAUUAAA